AUGUCGAAGAAAGGUUCUUUGAAAACUACAAAGAGAACCCGUCUUUAUAAACAAUUGGGUGUUGCUUUAAUCACAUUAAUCGGGCUAUAUUCUUUAUUCCAUCAUUCAUCUAAAAACGUAUCAUUAUCCACUUAUACCACCAUUGGUUCACCAGAUUAUUUGGAGCCAUUGAAAUAUGCUCCUUCUUCAACUGCUCUUCCUACAGAUUUACCAGUUGAUCAUAACAAAUAUACAAGAUUGUUACCUUUCAAAUAUAAUGGCAAAAAGGAAAAAGCUACCUUUGUCACUUUAGCCAGAAACUCAGAUUUAUAUGGGUUAAUCAACAGUAUCAAAGCUGUGGAAGAUAGAUUUAACAGUAAAUUCCAAUACGAUUGGGUCUUUUUAAAUGACGAAGAAUUUUCAGAUGAAUUUAAAAAAACCGUGACUGCUUUAAUUAGUGGUGAAACUAAAUUCGGUUUAAUCCCUAAUGAACAUUGGUCUUAUCCAAGUUGGAUUGAUAAGAAAAGAGCUGCUGAUACUAGAAAGACCAUGAAAGAAAAAAAUAUUAUCUAUGGUGAUUCUGAAUCUUAUAGACACAUGUGUAGAUAUGAAAGUGGGUUUUUCUGGAGACAUCCUUUAUUAGAUGAAUAUGAAUAUUAUUGGAGAGUGGAGCCUGAUAUUAAAAUGUAUUGUGAUAUUGAUUAUGAUGUUUUCAAAUUCAUGAAAGAUAAUAAGAAGAAAUAUGGGUUUACCAUUACUAUUCAUGAAUUCAGAGAUACUAUUGAAACUUUAUGGGAAACCACCAGAGAAUUUUUAUCCUUAUACCCACAACACAUCCACAAGAAUAAUAUGUUAGAUUUUGUUUCUGAUGAUAAUGGUAAGACAUACAAUUUAUGUCAUUUCUGGUCAAAUUUCGAAAUUGCAUCAUUGAAAUUUUUGAGAAGUCAAGCUUAUAGAGAUUAUUUCGAUUAUUUGGAUCAUGCAGGUGGGUUCUUCUAUGAAAGAUGGGGGGAUGCUCCAGUCCAUUCCAUUGCAGCUUCUUUAUUCUUGGAUCGUGAUGAAAUCCAUCAUUUCGAAGGCAUGGGUUAUUACCAUGGUCCAUACCAUCAAUGUCCAAUUAAUGAUCAAAUUAGAUUACAUAACAAAUGUGCUUGUAAUCCAAAUGAUGAUUUCACUUGGAAGGAUUAUUCUUGUACAUUAAAAUACUAUGAUAUUAAUAAUAUCACUAAACCAGAUGGUUGGAAAGAUCACACUGGUUAG